ACACGGAGGGCUCUGACAUGUACAGUCUGUCACCGCGGCACAAACAAUAACUGAAGCGCAGUCUCGCCGUGGACAUGGAGGACAAAGACGACACCGUCGCGCUCGUGGGUGGUACACAGUGCCAUCUAGUCCAGGUGUCGUCUUGGGGCAGUUCGGAGCAGAGGAAGCUGCGCUCCCGCGAUGCAGCCAGAUGUAGGCGGGGUCAGGAGACGGAGGUGUUUUACGAGCUCGCCCGCACCCUGCCGCUCCCGCGCCGGGUGUCCACCCAACUGGACAAGGCUGCCAUCAUGAGAGUCGUCCUCAGCUUCCUGCGCAUGCGCAGCCUCCUGCAAGAUGAGAAUCAGAAAGAGGGCCCUGAGGAGGAGGGGGACGACGCCGGCGCCGGCGGGAAGGUGGAGGAAGAAGAGGAGGAGGAUCCAAUGGACGCUUUCUAUCCCCAGACGUUGGCCGGUUUCAUCACGGUGUUGACGGAGGAAGGAGACAUGAUCUACCUGACGGAAAAUGUCAGCAGACACAUCGGCAUCACACAGCUGGAGCUGCUGGGUCAGAGUGUUUAUGACUUUGUUCAUCCCUGUGAUCAGGAGGAGCUCCGAGACCUUUUGACUCCACGUCCAGGUUUGAGUAUGAAAUCACAGAAAGAACAGCAGAUCGGAAGAAACUUCUUUCUCCGAAUGAAAAGCACGCUGACCAGCAGGGGGCGCACCGUCAACCUCAAGUCUGCCACCUGGAAGGUUCUCCACUGUACAGGUCAUAUGCGGCGCUUUGGCGGCAGCUCAACGUCGCCCUCUGCAGCCACAGUGAUGACCCUGCUGUGUGAGCCCAUCCCCCAUCCGUCCAGCGUGGAGUUCCCUCUGGACACCUGCACCUUCCUCACCCGCCACAGCAUGGACCUGCGCUUCACACACUGCGAGGGCAGUGUUACAGAAUUGCUGGGAUACAAACCUGACGAUCUGAUUGGUCGCUCAGCCUACGAGUUCCAUCACGUGCUCGACUCUGAUCACGUCAACAAAAGCCUGCUCACAUUGCUGGCCAAGGGUCAGGUGAGCACCAGCCACUACCGUUUCCUGGCAAACAGCGGUGGCUUCGUCUGGGCAGAGACCCAGGCGACCGUCCUCUACAGCAGCAAGACCUCGCAGCCCGAGGCCGUUGUCUGCCUCAACUUCAUACUCAGUGCCGUGGAGCAGCCAGACGUCGUUUUCUCUGUUGAGCAGAUCCGUUGUGGCUGCCUCCCUAAAGCUGAGCCCCACUUACCAGCGCCUGACUGUGAGACACCAGACAGCUGUGACUCUGACGGUGACAAUCUGGCCGAUUCCAGUCGGACGGAGGAUGCAUGUUCGAAACCCAGCAGAGCUGCGGAGCUCCUCUUCAACCCGGAGGAGCCGGAGGAGCUUUUCCAGUUGGCUUCUGCGGCCGGGGACGCCAUCAUUCCACUGACAGGAGGUUUUGUCGAGCUGUCGUUCGUAAGCCCACCCAGUCCAAACUCUGUGCCGGACCACCCUCAGGACCUGUGCACUCCGCAGCUACGACAGCUCCUCACAUCCAUCUUCAGCCCUGUCAUGCCACCAGCUUCAUCAUCAUCACCAGCCUCCUCACUUGAUUCUGAUUCGAGCCCCUGUGAGGAGGAGGUGAUGGACACGAGUGAGGUGGAGAAGAUCUUUGCCAUUAGGUCAGAAGAUCGUCAAAAGGAAAGAAAGAAACUGGAGCACACGGAGGGGAUGGAUCUGGACAUGUUGGCUCCUUACAUCUCUAUGGACGACGACUUCCAGCUGACCGUCCUCAGCGGUUUGCCCGAGGAUGCCGACGAACGUUUGUCCGAUCCUUCAGCUGCGACUCCUGCAGUCACACUCAGGAGGAAACGGGCCCAUAACCCGGAUGAGAUGCCGUCUCAGAUGAUGAGUCAGGACAAGAGACAGAAACAAGCUCCUUCGUCAACAGAUGAGGAACUUCUUCUCAGCCACGGAUUGCUGGACUGUCUGGAGGAAACCGACCAGUUACAUCUGAUCCUUGACCCGGGCCCAGGGUGUCGGAGCCGGCUACUCACAAACAGAGACCCCAUUUUAGGAGGCAUGCAGGGACUUUGUGAGACUGCAGCUCUGAUGAGGGACAUAUUCAUACCUUGCCCACCUCACCUGUCACCGCCUCUCUCGCCCAUGACCUGACAGAGCUCCUGUCAGUCCAGAGUUGGUUCGACUUAUGCGCACAAAACAAGGAAGUCGACGCCGGAUCCGUCUGCAAACGCAGCAGCCUGAGCGUGUACAUACUGCACACACACAACAUGUAUUCACAAGAAUAUAGACUCGCACACACGCUGCAUUACCCUGCUGUAAGGUUAACCAGACCUCUUAUUGCUUGUAGCUGAACUAGUCUCUCUCUCUGUGAAACAAGAGCCAAUGACGUGUUGUAGAUCAGGCAGGAAAGACUACGACUGGUGAUGUUGCUUUCCACUUUUUGGGGGGUCUGAUACUACAAAGUCUUGAAGUUUUCCUUCUACUUUUACAUUGUAUCAAUUGUUUAAUGUGAGAAAUCAUCAGUACUCGCUCUGUUUUAUGGAAACAGCAGGUGGUGCUAAAUAUUUUUUCUUUCUGAAGAUGUGAAAGAUUAAAAAUCGUGCAAGGGGUCAAACAGCGAGACAGAUUUAUUUUUUCUCUCUCUCCGUGCAGUUGAAUUUAAUGCAACUUUCAAGUUUUAAUUCAUCUGUUUGCCUGUUGUCACAAGUGAGCGAGUUGAAUUUGUUUUCUCUUUCAGCUGGGUUCAAAAAAAUCACUCUCACCGCCGUAUUCUUCAUAACAAUCACACCAAUAAACAAUCACGCGAAUAGCAGUGGCAUAUUUUUACGUCUUUUUAUACGCUUGUGCUCGAGUUUUUGUAGUUUUUCUUUUUUUUAAUGAUGCAUUUACUUGGGAAUUCUCCAGUGGGAAUUUUAUGACCGUCAGCUAUUCAUGAGUCAACAAGCAAAUGUGCAAGUUAGUCAUGAUGUUUGUCCUCCUGAGCUGUCGGGGGGUUUUAUCUCGUCCAGCACUCCCUGUGAUCUAAUGUGAGGUCAUUGGUCACAGAGGAAGUUUGGUAACUCGACUUUCAAACCCAUCGCUUGUGACUGGGAAAUGUUUGUAUGUCCACAGUUAAAAACCCAAUGGCACCAAAGUGGACUGAAACAAAACGUGCACCAUGUUGAUCCAUGCUUGUAUUCUCAUUGGAAAUGAGCUUAAACACUAGUAUUCAUGUUUUUAUCAUCCAUAAGUUUGAACUGUAUUACUUGUUACAAAAUGUGCCUCGACAUAUCUCAGUUGAAAGUAGACUAUAGUGCUUUUUCAGAUGCAGAACACACAGGACUGUGACUGUUUAUCCUGUGUGGUGCGUUCUCGAGUUAAAUAAAGCCGUUGAAGAAACA